UGCUGCAGCUUCAGCACCUCGCGGCCGCGGCGGAUCAGCUGCGCGGCGGCCAAGGACCGAUUAAGGAGUGCCAAGAGGACCAGUUCCGGUGUCGGAACGAGCGCUGCAUCCCCUCGGUAUGGAGAUGCGACGAGGACGACGACUGCUCGGACAACAGCGACGAAGAUGACUGCCCUAAGAAGACCUGUGCAGACAGUGACUUCACCUGUGACAACGGCCACUGCAUCCCUGAGCGGUGGAAGUGUGAUGGAGAGGAGGAGUGUCCUGAUGGCUCUGACGAGUCCGAGGCCACUUGCCCCAGGCAAGUGUGUCCUGCAGAGAAACUGAGCUGUGGACCUACCAGCCACAAGUGUGUGCCUGCCUCCUGGCGCUGUGACGGGGAGAAGGAUUGCGAGGGUGGAGCAGAUGAAGCUGGCUGUGCUACCUUGUGCGCCCCACACGAGUUCCAGUGCAGCAACCGCUCAUGCCUGGCCGCGGUGUUCGUGUGCGACGGCGAUGACGACUGUGGUGAUGGUAGCGAUGAGCGCGGCUGCGCGGACCCUGCCUGUGGGCCCCGUGAGUUCCGUUGUGGCGGUGUUGGUGGCGCCUGCAUCCCUGAGCGUUGGGUCUGCGACCGCCAGUUCGACUGUGAGGACCACUCAGAUGAGGCAGCCGAGCUCUGUGGUCGAGCAGGCCUGGGGACCACGUCCGCGCCGGCAGCCUGCUCCCCCACCUCCCAGUUUGCCUGCCGCAGCGGCGAGUGCAUACACCUGGGCUGGCGCUGUGACGGGGACCACGACUGCAAGGACAAGUCAGACGAGGCCGACUGCCCAGUGCUGGGGACCUGCCGUGGGGACGAGUUCCAGUGUGGGGAUGGGACUUGUGUCCUUGCAAUCAAACGCUGCAACCAGGAACAAGACUGUCCAGAUGGGAGUGAUGAAGCUGGCUGCUUACAGGGGCUGAACGAGUGUCUGCAAAACAAUGGAGGCUGUUCCCACAUCUGCACUGACCUCAAGAUUGGCUUUGAGUGUACCUGUCCAGCGGGCUUCCGGCUUCUGGACCAGAAGACCUGUGGCGACAUUGACGAGUGUGAGGACCCAGAUGCCUGCAGCCAGAUCUGUGUGAAUUACAAGGGAUACUUUAAGUGCGAGUGUCACCCUGGCUAUGAGAUGGACACAUUGACCAAGAACUGCAAGGCUGUGGCUGGCAAGAGCCCGUCCCUAAUCUUUACCAACCGGCAUGAGGUGCGGAAGAUAGACCUGGUGAAGCGGGACUACUCUCGACUCAUCCCCAUGCUCAAGAAUGUUGUGGCACUAGAUGUGGAAGUUGCAACCAAUCGCAUCUACUGGUGUGACCUCUCCUACCGCAAGAUCUAUAGUGCCUACAUGGACAAGGCCAGUGACCCAGCAGAGCAGGAGGUCCUCAUUGAUGAGCAGCUACACUCUCCAGAAGGCCUGGCAGUGGACUGGGUCCACAAACACAUCUAUUGGACAGACUCAGGCAAUAAGACCAUCUCAGUGGCCACAGUUGAUGGUGGCCGCAGAUGCACUCUCUUCAGCCGUGACCUCAGUGAACCCCGGGCCAUUGCUGUCGACCCUUUGCGAGGGUUCAUGUAUUGGUCUGACUGGGGGUACCAGGCCAAGAUUGAGAAGUCUGGGCUCAAUGGUGUGGACCGGCAAACACUGGUAUCAGACAAUAUUGAAUGGCCCAACGGAAUCACCCUAGAUCUACUGAACCAGCGAUUGUACUGGGUGGACUCCAAGCUGCACCAGCUAUCCAGCAUUGACUUCAGCGGAAGCAACAGAAAAAUGCUGAUUUUCUCUCCUGACUUCCUAAGCCACCCCUUUGGGAUAGCUGUGUUUGAGGACAAGGUAUUCUGGACAGACCUGGAGAACGAAGCCAUUUUCAGUGCAAAUCGGCUCAAUGGCCUAGAAAUCUCCAUCCUGGCUGAGAACCUCAACAACCCACAUGAUAUUGUCAUCUUCCAUGAACUGAAGCAGCCAAGAGCUGCAGAUGCCUGUGAGCUGAGUGCCCAGCCUAAUGGAGGCUGUGAGUACCUGUGCCUUCCUGCUCCUCAAAUCUCCAGCCAUUCUCCCAAGUACACAUGUGCCUGUCCUGACACCAUGUGGCUGGGCCCAGACAUGAAGAGGUGUUAUCGAGCACCUCAAUCUACCUCAACUACGACGUUAGCCUCUACUACGACGAGAACAGUAGCUGCCAUCACAAGAGCACCUGGGACCACCAUCCACAGCCCCACUUACCAGAAUCACAGCACAGACACACCAAGCCUGGCAGCUGCCGUCCCAAGCUCAGUUAGUGUUCCCAGGGCUCCCAGCAUCAGCCCAUCUACCCCAAGCCCUGCAACCAGCAACCACUCUCAGCAUUAUGGGAAUGAAGGCGGCAAGAUGGGUUCAACAGUUACUGCUGCUGUCAUUGGGAUUAUUGCGCCCAUAGCGGUAAUAGCUCUGUUAUGCAUGAGUGGCUACCUGAUCUGGAGAAACUGGAAGCGGAAGAACACCAAGAGCAUGAAUUUUGACAACCCAGUGUACAGGAAAACAACAGAAGAAGAAGAUGAAGACGAGCUCCAUAUAGGGAGGACUGCUCAGAUUGGCCAUGUCUAUCCUGCAGCAAUCAGCAGCUUUGAUCGCCCACUGUGGGCAGAGCCCUGUCUUGGGGAGACCAGAGAACUGGAAGACCCAGCCCCUGCCCUCAAGGAGCUUUUUGUCUUGCCGGGGGAACCAAGGUCACAGCUGCACCAACUCCCGAAGAACCCUCUUUCCGAGCUGCCUGUCGUCAAGUGCAAGCGAGUGGCAUUAAGCCUUGAAGAUGAUGGACUGCCCUGAGGAUGGGACCACCCCUUCGUGCCUCAUGGAGCUCGGUCCCAUGCACUACUCUCUCUGGAUGGUGUAUGAUUGGAUGAAUGGAUUUCUACAUAUGGUCUGUGUGAGUGAGUGUGUGGAUGUGUAACUUUUUUUAAUUUAUGUUGCAGAAAGGUAACCACAAAGUUAUGAUGAACUGCAAACAUCCAAAGGAUGUGAGAGUUUUUAUAUGUAUAAUGUUUUAUACACUUUUUAACUCGUUGCACUACCCAUGAGGAAUUCAUGGAAUGGCUACUGCUGAGUGACUAACCUGCUGUACAUAACCAAACAGGGGCCGAUGGUACAGUACCUUACUCAUCAUUUAAAUACUAUAUUUACAGAGGAUGUUUGAUUUGGGGGGAUUUUUGGGGUUUGGGGGUUUUGUUUUUUUGUAAAUACAAUAAUGCUUUGUGGCUAUCCAUCAACAUAAGUAAAAAAGACCAAACACUUCAACUCCCUCCCCCAUUUAGAUUAUUUAUUAACAUAUUUCAAAAAUGACAUUAGUUCCAUAAAACAUUUAGAGAAGUGAAAGUAUUUAUUUUUGGUAUGACUGGCCCACCACACAGACUCUGUGUAUGUGUUUAUGUAUGUGUGAGAAAGAAAUCUGCAGAGAAGAGACACACCUCUAGUUAUUGUUCAAAUACAUAAAAAUAGAUUUAUUUUAAAAUAGUCCACAAGAGGGGUAUCUGUAGUUUUCAGAGAAACCUUUGGAAAUUUGGCUCAGAAAACAGAUACCAAGUUUUGUACAAAUAUGUGGUGUGAAGAGACAGAUCUUUUUACCUCUGGCUAUUCCUGAGACCCUAACAAACCAGGAAAAGCCUUUCAGCUCAUCUGGGGCUUCUUGUCUGUGGCUAAGGUCAGUGUACAGAUAUUAUACAUAGUGCCAGAAGUGUUCAUGAGUUCAAGAAAGAACAUGCCUAAACCUCAGCAAGUCCUUGUUAAGUUCAGCUCUUUGAGUAAUGUCUUCAGUUUCCUUCAGGACACUGGGGUUGAAUUCAGUAAGCUUCCUCUGAAGCACCCUGAAGGCUGCCAUCCUAACUUAUUUAGUUAAGUGGAGACAUUUUCAGAACAGCCCAUGUUUACUAUAGAGACUCACUCAGGCACUGAACUCUGAGACAUGCUGUGGGUGAGGAUAACGGUGGUGGAAUAAGUUUUAUUACAUCUCUGUUUGUUCUUUCCCUUCACUUUCUACUAUUUUCUUUAGGUGGGAAAACAGUUUAAAGAAAUAAGUAGGUUUCUUACCAUCAUUUGGGCAUAGAGAUGAAACUAAAUUUUGGCUUAAAUCAGAAAAACUUGAAGUGGUUAAACCUGAAGUCAUAUUUGAGGGGAAGUGGCAUAUAAAAAAGUACAACAUAUUGGCUAUGUAUGUUCACACAGGGAUUUGGUUUACUGGUUUGUAAAUAAAAGGAAAUACUCUGGUUAUAUGUAUAGAUCUUUUUUUCAUUAUGGACACCUCCUUCCUGCUUGCUUUUCCUGGGCCUUGGGGCAGGUGGAGAGAAGUACUGUUUUUUAUCUGUGGGAUCUACCAUCAGAAACAAUCCUACAGUCACAGAAGGAAUUCAGUCACCACUGGCUUUCUCAUCCAAAGUAUGGUCUUUCCUUCACUCUGCUGUUCCGCCACUUCACUCCCUCUCCACAACCAGGGACACAUACAACAUGGAAGUGUUUGGCUUAUGUGGGAGCAGAGGACAUGUAUCUAACCUUAACAUACCUGGAACCUGACACUCUGAAGCAAAUGUCUCCCCACUCCCACUCUCCAGAUGCCCCCAACUCAGAGAAGCUUAGAUGUCUCAUGAACUUGAUGCCCUUUAAAAUCUCCAGGCAGACAAUCUACAGUUCUAUGAUCCUGAUCCUAGGACUUUGCUCUACUAAUGGUCUCCUAAUCUUGUUUUCUUAAACAACUGUUCCAGAGCUUGGACAUUGUUUUACAACUUCCUCAUGAUGUACUUGUGUUGAUGGUCCUGAGAAAUUCAGCUAUGAGAAUAACCUACAAGAAACAAAUGGAGAGUCCUGUGUUGGAUCAUGAAAUCUGAGGAGUCAAAUCCACUUUCCUCCUAUUUUUGGAGGCUUUUGGGCCUUAUUUUGAGGUGCAGUUACAAUUCUGCUGCCUUUUGUUCCUGUGUAUAUUUAUCAACAGCCAAUAACAGAUCACAGACUCGUUGGAUGAUAGAGCUGAAGAAAGCUUAUAGGUAAUGCCAAAAGGGCAAAAAUUUCAUCAAGACAAUAUUUCCUUUAUUUAAAGAAGCCAGUCCAGUCCUUUUCCUCCCUUUCCUUCUCCAGGAGACAUCUUGAAGCUAUUUAAACACCGUAUCAAACGUGCUUUCUAUCUGUAGCUAUCUUUCUAGUGGAUUUACCAAGACACUGGCAGAAAUGGCCUUCUAGAAACAGGGAAAACAAAAACUUUAUUUAAUAUUUAUUCUUGAUAGCAUGAUUAUAUAUAAAACAGACUAAAAUAACCUCAACUGGCAAAAAGAGAAUAAGAUGGGAUUUAAAUAUAUGGCAAUAAAUACUACUGAUCCCUUCAGUUAUCUCUAUGUGACUGCAGCAUAUUCAUCCCCUAAAAUCAUUCACUAGUUGCCAACUGUAUGCCAGGUACUGCAGAUGUAAAGGUCAAUCAAAUAUUUUCUGUCUUUGUGAAGCUCAGCAGCAGCAGAGGGAGACAUGUAGAAACAAAAAGGGAAGAGAUUUCAAUUUAGAGUACCAUUAGGGACAAGGAGAGAGGGGUCAUUCUACCUGAGGAGAUGAAGAAUGAUGCAUUCAUAGGAGAAGUGACCUUAAGCUAAGUCUCAAAAUUAAGAAGGAGCAUCCAGACUGCUUCUGGCAGAGGAAACUGCAGAGACACAGAGGCAUGAAUCAGCAUGGAGACUUUAAGGAACUGCACGUAGUUCAUUGUAACUAGAAUAAAAGACUCACCACGACUUAGCAAGAAAUGAGGCUGGAUGGAGUCAGGUUCAACAUAAGCACUUUAUAAAAUACUUAUAUUUAAUUUCUGAUUUAAUUAAACAUUUCUUGGUCAUUAUUGUGAACAAGGCACUAAGUACACCAUGGAAAAUAUAAGAUGCAUUGCCAGCACUUUGCAGACAUGACAUUAUUCAGCCUCAAGUUUCCAGUGGCCAAAGGGAAAUGUUGACUGCAUUUCAUAGACUUGAAUUAGAGGUUUCUUAAUAUGGUUGAUGAAAACUAAUAUAAAGGCAGUGUGAUAUUCAUGGAAGCAUGCCAUGUUGUCAAGAGCCUCUUAGAUUUUUCUCAACUGUGAGAAAACUAGAAGUUUUAAAGAUGUGGAGUCUGGAGAGGAGAUCCUAGUCAAUGUAUAGUCAGGCACUAGCGGGAAUGGGGAGGGCCAUUCGCAUCCCACAGAAAUAAAAUCCACACCAAAACUGGCCAUGCACUCGUCACAGAAUAUAAAUGAGUUAGUAGUUAAAACAUUUCAGAGAAAAUUUCCUUUCCCAUAAAUGCAUGAAGAUAAUAUCAGAGUUUUCUCACACUAUAUUUUUAGGAUAUUGGGAAAUUACAGGAUAUGAAGAAUUUAGAAGGUGGAGGAAUUAUAGCUUCAAAAUUUUCAGUUAAUAUAAAAAAAAAUCAGGAAGCUCUUCAUUCAGGCUAUGCACCAUGUGCACAGUCAAGAAUCGGCAGAAACCCUCUGCAUUUGCAAACACUUUGUGCUAUAAAAAUAAUUUUAAAAAAGCCACCUGUAUAAAUAUAUAUAUAUAUAUUUAAAGACACAGUUUUGAUACUUUUUUACAAAAAUUACAAAAAAAUACCUGUACAAACCAUGUGCUUUUAAAAUAGCAUUUUGUUCUAUACUAAUUGUCAAUUUGAGGGUAAAGUACUGGUUUGCAAACUCCAUCAUCUUGUAUCCAAGUGGAUUUUCCUUGUUUGUCUCCUUCCAAUCCCCAAAUUACUGUAUUUGAUGUAACAGUCGGGCAUGUUAGAAUGUUUGGUCACACCAACUGUUUCUGCUCUUUUUGUCUUACCAUUUCGAGUUUUGUUAGCUUCUGUACUCCAUGCCCUCUACAAUCUGGUUUCUCUUCCAGAGACAGAGGGAGUGAAGGUGUGUGCUGCAUCUCCCUAGCUGUACUGACAUCAUCUUGGUGAACUGAAAACCAAAUGUAGACAUUUGUAAAAUCAAUACAAUGUUUCUAGAGAGAUUAAAUUCAUUUUUAAAAAUCUUUUGAA